AGUUCCUAUGGAGCAGUGGCUCACCAAGAGAAAUCAGGUAGGAUCACCUCACUCCUGUUUCAGAGGAGCUCUGAAAGGGGAAUAUAGAAGCAAAAUGUCUGCCCUGCUCCCCAGGUGCUCAGAGAUGGCCACUCCUGAAGAAGACCACGGUUGGCAGAUUCCCAUUAAUCACAGUGACUUCACAAUUUUAAAAAAGAAUGAGAGUCAGCUGUGUGAAGUCCUUCAGAAUAAAUUUGAGUGUGUCUGUACCCUGGUCUCUCCAUCCGUGGAAGGGAACAGUGAGUCUCUGCAAGUCUUCAGAGAAAUGCUAAUUCCUGGGCUGGAGUUAUCUGUUUGGAAGGACGACCUCACCAGACAUGCCGUUGAUGCUGUGGUGAAUGCAGCCAACGGAGACCUUAUUCAUGCAGGAGGCCUGGCUCAAGCCCUGGUGAAAGCUGGGGGCUCUGAAAUCCAAGAAGAGAGCAGAAGACUAGUUUCCAGAUUUGGUAAAAUACCAGUUGGUGAAAUAGCUACCACAAAAGCAGGGAGACUUCCCUGCAAAUUAAUUAUCCAUGCUGUUGGGCCUCGGUGGAUAGCAAAAGAUUAUCAGACAUGUGCCUAUAAACUGCAGAAGGCCAUUAUAAGUAUUCUGAAUUAUGUUACCUUUCACAAUCCAGACAUUGAGACAGUAGCAAUUCCAGCCCUCAGCUCUGGGAUUUUCCAGUUCCCUCUGGACUUGUGUACAGAGAUCAUUGUGAAAACAAUCAGCUUUUAUUACCAAGGGAAGCAACUGGCCACUAAUUUGAAAGAAAUUCACCUGGUAAGCAAUAAGCACCCUACUGUUGUUGCCUUUAAAAAUGCUUCAGAAGUAAUCCUAAGGACGAACAAGCUGGGAUCCUGGAUGAGUGAAGAAGCCAUCCCUCCUUUCAAGACAGUUCUUGUGAACAAUGUGACUCUCCAGAUUGUCCAGGGUUACAUCCAGCUGCAGGAGACGGAUGUAAUUGUUAAUUCUGUAAAUCCGCUCUGUGGUUUGGGAUUUGGAGAUGUGUCAACAUCAAUUCUACAACAAGCGGGAAAUGAAAUGGAAUUGGAAUUUAAUGAAAAAAUUACUGAAAUACUAGAGUCUCCAUUGGUACUGGUCACAAGAGGAUUUCAAUUGUCCUGUCAGUACGUAUACCAUGUGUUGUUGCAUUCAGGACAUCACAAACUGACUAAGAUACUGAGAAUUGCAAUGAAGGAAUGUUUGGAGAAAUGCCUUGAACUAAAUAAAACUUCUAUUUCCUUUCCUGCCCUUGGGACUGGAAACUUUGGUGUACAGAAGAGUGUAGCAGCCGAGAUUAUGUUUGAUGAAGUUUUAGCUUUUGCCAAAUGCCAUUUGAAAAAGCAAUUAACUGUAAAGUUUGUGAUCUUUCCAGAAGAACUGGACACCUACAUGGCUUUCAGCACUGAAAUGGAAAAGACUAAAUUCAAGCUAUGUGGUUUCAGUAACUACAAUGUCCCCCAGUUGGCCAGAGAGGAGAAAAGAGAAAAUGGGCUCCAAGCUAAGUCUCCUGCCAUCAGUCUGAUGGGAUCCAACCUGGAAAAGAUGAAGGAGGCCCAAGCAUGGAUCCAAAGGAUACUGACCCCCCAGGACCACAAUAUCAUUGAGAAUAAUCUUAUCCUCUAUCUUGGGAAAAAAGAACAUGACAUUUUGACUCGGCUUCAGAAUACCUUGAGGGUCUCUAUCUCAGAGAUUAUCAGUCCAGAAAAGGCAAUUUUAGAGAUUAAAGGAGCCCAAGCUGACGUCAUUGAGGCCGUUGUGAACAUUGAACAUAUGCUGUGUGAAGUUCAAGAGGAAGUGGCAAGAAAAAAGGAACUAGCCCUUUGGAGCUUGUCAGGGCAGUGGUCUAAUUGGCAACCCCCAAACCAGGAUGAAAUGAAAAAGAAUACAUUUCUGAAAUGCCUAAAGCUUUCAACGGAGGAAAUUCAGGCUCAGAAGAAACAGUUUGAGAGUUGUGGUUUGCAGGUUAUAAAGGUGGAGAAAAUAGACAAUGAGGUUCUCAUGGCUGUCUUCCAAAAAAAGAAGAAGAUGAUGGGAGAGAGAACACAGGGGAAGCCUGUGAGCCACAGGCUGUUUCAGCAAAUUCCUUUCCAGUUCUGCAAAGAUGUAUGCAGAGUUGGCUUUCAAAGAAUGUACUCGGUGCCCUGCGACCCAAAAUAUGGAGUUGGUAUAUACUUCACCAAGAGCCUGAAAAACCUAGCAUACCGGGUCAAGGAAACAUCGGCCACAGACGAACUGAUAUAUGUGUUUGAAGCUGAAGUACUCACAGGCUCCUUCUGUCAGGGUCAUCAGUUACAGAUCACUCCCCCACCAUUGAGUCCUGGAGACACAGACUGCCAUGACAGUGUGGUUGACAAUGUCUCCAGCCCCGAAACCUUUGUUAUCUUUAGUAAUACUCAGGCUAUGCCCCAGUAUUUGUGGACUUGCAGCCAGGAUCGUGUACAGCCACGGGAUUACUCGUCAAGACCAAGGAUGCUGUCUUCACAGCAGCCUAGAGCAAGAUUCUCAAGGGGUAGCUCUGUUGACUAAAUUCCACAUCAUUUUAACUAGUGCCAUGUGCUUGCUUUGGAGGAACUCUCCAAGUAAUGACCAGUAGUGAGUCAGAGAGUGGUUUGAAUAGGUCAGAUGGGUUGUCCGUAUGGACCAAUUGGGUUAUUGAAGAGACCCAGCACAAACUAGCAUCUUGGUUCUUUCAUCUUUGUCUUUACCUCUUGGGAUUGGGGUGGGUAGAUCCCAACCCAAACACUCUCACGUCUGUUCGCUCUCCUUCAAAUUGUCCUUUCAUCUGUUUUACUAUAGGUAACAGCAAAAAUGUUUUACAUAUGAUGAAGGGGAAUUUCUAGUAUAUAAUCCAAGCCUUUUUAAAUGAUAGUAUAACACUUGGGUGAUUUUAGAUUUUCCAGAAAAUCUUAUAUAGCGUUUUAGAUAUUAAAAUACACAACCUUUGUCUGA